UGACUAAAGACAUUUGAAAGCAGACAAUUCUUUAACAUACAUGAUUAAGUUAUCUUAAAAUGCUGCGAGUGAUGUGUUCUUUAACCUUCUUGUUAAGAUUAUUUUUGUUAAAUACAUAUCUACUAUAUUUUAAGUUUUACUAGUUUUUAUGAACUGUUGUAAACGAAAUUUUAAAAGAAAUGCUAAAUAAUUUAGUUGUGAUUAUGUAUGUAGAACUCGUCGUCAUGUAGAUCUGUUAUUUAUAAUUGUUUCUGUCAAUUGUACUGUAUUAAUUAUUCAUACCACAAAUUGCGAUUUAUAAGGUAUUGAUUUACCCAAUAAACACUUCAUUUCGAUUUAUUUCAAGAGUUAGUGGCGGCAUGGCCAAGUGAUUAACACCGAAUAGCCUGAUAUAUAUAGAUCGAUAGCUGCGUGGGUUCUAGCCCUGUAAGGGGGCGAGCCAUUCUUUCCAUUACAGCCAUUAAUACUGGUUUGUUACGGAAACUUAUCGAGUCUGUCUAUAAGCGUUUAGCUAUCUACACAAUCGAGCCUAAAUUAAUUAUAUAUAUUAAACAAAUUAUUCCUAGACUCAAUAUAAGUAUAAAGAUUAAAGUACUUUUUGGAUGUAUUGUAUGAAAUAUUACGUUGAUACAUCAUGACUCUUUGCACAAGCCUUAAACACUGUGCUUUAUCUAGAUCAUAUAUGACUAAUUAUUCAUCGAUAAGGAAUGAAUGUUUCACCUUUUAUCAUAUCAUUCUUUCUGUAUUGAAGUGGAUUUAAAGUAAUCAGAAAAAAAUAGAAAAUGUUCCAAUAUUUUGACAACAGCUGUUUCAUUAUUUUAUAUUAAAAUAUUAUUUAAUUAGUUAGAAACAAAUACGGAUUUUCUUCACUGGAAUGUUAGAUACUAUACCACCAUUUAAUAGGGAAGUGGUAUAAAACAGAACAAUGGACAUCGUCAAUGAAAACUCUUACCUCAUUGCAAAAAAGGAACUUAAUGGAAAUAGGUGCACAUUUAUUAUUAUAGUAGAGUUCAUCGAAAACCAUCAAAGGGAAGACAAUGUGUCUUUAUAGUAGCCUGUAUGAUGCAACAACUCAUUUGCAAUGGCAUAGGCUACGGACUCAGCGUAAUAUAUGCCGAACUUAUUAUUGUUUUUGAAGCAAAACGAUCAGAAACUGCCCUAGUACAAAGUAUUUAUAUGGCUUUAGCGACAGGCGCAGGGAUAUUUUUCACGGGCAUAAUAAUGAAAUUUGGACCUGGAAAUAGUAUGAUUGUCGGUGGUAUUGUAGGCGGUAUCGGACUCUUCUCAAGUUCAUUUAGUAAGGGAUUGACUCCAAUCAUUCUAUGUACCGGCGUCGUUGCAGCUCUUGGGAUGUCUGCAUGCUACCUUGCUGCGUUCAUAGCCGUCAGUCGAAUGUUUCAUGAUGAUGCCGGCCUUUAUCUGGUUUCACUUUCUCUCGGCGCAAGUAUUGGACAAUUCGUUAUUCCCCCUUUCUACGAACUGUUCAUUGCACAGUUUGCUUGGUCAGGAGCAUUUAUUCUGAUGGCAGGAAUAGCUUUACAAAAUGUACCGUUCGGUGUUAUUGUACAUUACUCAAGACGAUACUUUAAAACAAAUGCAGGAAAUAAAAAAACUUCAAAAGUGUCAGCUUCAUGUAAUUUUUCAGUUUUGAAAGACUGGCUGAUAUGGGUUGUGUACGUGAAUUUUCACUUUUUCGCUUUGACAGGCAACUUUGAGGCUUGGUUUCUUGUCGACUUUGCAAUAUCUCGAGGCUUUAGUAGGGAGUCGGGGUCAAUUUUAAUUACAGCUAUCGGAUUCGCAAAUGUAUUAGGGCAACUUGCAGGAGGAUUUCUUAGAUUCAAAUGCACAAACAUGCCAUCUUUGUACCAUUGGAUAUAUCUUAGCCCUCUACUAGCUAUCGGACAUGUUCUGGUAGUGAAUGUAAAUAGCUAUUGGGGACUCUUGGCUGUUUGUAUAUUAUAUGGCAUACCAUUUGGUGCAAUGGCGGCACAGCCAGCAGCAAUCAUGUUUGAUAUGACGAAUCUAGAUAGCUAUCCACAAGCAAUGGCAAUAGCAAACUUUGUCUUCGGUCUAGCCAAUGUCAUUAGUGGCCAGUUUGGAGGAUUCAUCAAAGAUACACUAGGAGAUUACAAUCUGGCAUUCUACAUAGCAGCCGGUGUAAGUAUAUACAUGAGUCUGACUACAGGGAUUGUUGCGCUUGUUUUAAGGAAGAGAAAACAGCAAAAGAAAUACAUGCCAGUACAAGGAAAAACUGAAGUUAAAUACGAAAAGCUAACAAGCUAACACAAACUACACAAAUGGAUCACUUAUAUGUUUCUGUAUUGUUUUACACUAUUAAAUGAAGUGUUUGAAUACAUCUGCAAUAACAAUAGAAUCAUAGAAAAGGCUGGCGUAAAUAUUUAUAGGUACAAAACAUCAUAGUGAUUUAAAUACCACUUAACUAAUAGUUGGCAAAGGCGCAAAGAAGCUGUGAACUGAAAUAUGGUUAAAUCAUUUAUCACGAUAUAUAUCUGAACGUUUGUACAUACAGAAAUGAAAAAUGAUUUAAAUUAAGUUUUUCUAUCAUUCAAAUAAAGUUUAUUGAACAAAAAUAA